AUACUCGCGCCGUUGGUUUACCAAGUCUCUGGAAAGCUGCGCUGCAGGUUGCUGAGAGAGAGAUCUUACUCUCACACAGAGAAGCUUGAACACCUCCAGAAUGCUACGUCGGCGACUCGUUGCUUUUCUUUUCCUCACUUCUCUUCUUCUCUUGUCCUCCUUCUCUCUCACUUUAUGCAAGACCGUCGAAAACGACAACGAUGACGAAGAUCUCAGCUUUCUGGAAGAAGCUGAUGAUAGCUCUGCCUCCCACCAUUACCCAGAUCCGGAUCAUUUCGACGAUGGUUCCGUCGGUGAAGAUGAUUUUGAGGACUUCUCCGGCUUCGACGAGUCGGAUGCCGAUGCGGAGGAAUACAAAGAACCCGAGGUGGAUGACAAAGAUGUUCUUGUAUUGAAGGAGAGUAAUUUCAGUGACGUUGUGAAGAAAAAUCAAUUUGUGAUGGUGGAAUUUUACGCGCCCUGGUGUGGUCACUGCCAGGCUUUGGCUCCAGAGUAUGCUGCGGCCGCCACUGAGUUGAAGGGCGAGAAUGUGAUUUUGGCGAAGGUGGAUGCCACGGAGGAGAAUGAAUUAGCCCAGGAGUACGAAAUUCAGGGAUUCCCCACAGUCUAUUUCUUUGUCGAUGGGGUUCACAAGCCUUAUAAUGGCCAGAGGACCAAAGACGCUAUAGUAACCUGGAUUAAGAAGAAGAUAGGACCCGGUGUUUCCAAUAUAACUACAUUGGAUGAUGCCGAACGCAUACUGACCUCUGAAAACAAAGUUGUUUUGGGGGUUCUCAACUCUCUAGUGGGUCCUGAGAGUGAAGAGCUAGCGGCCGCAUCCCGACUUGAGGAUGAUGUCAGUUUUUAUCAAACUGUUAAUCCUGAUGUGGCAAAGCUCUUCCAUAUUGACCCAAAUGUCAAGCGCCCUGCUUUGGUCCUGCUCAAGAAAGAGGAGGAGAAAUUGAACCACUUUGAUGGCCAAUUUGUAAAAUCUGCAAUAGCAGAAUUUGUGUUCUCGAACAAACUUCCUCUGGUCACAACUUUUACAAGGGAAAGUGCCCCAUCAGUUUUUGACAACCCGAUCAAGAAACAGCUGUUGCUCUUUGUGACUUCAAAUGAUUCAGAGAAGUUACUCCCAGUAUUCCAAGAAGCAGCAAAAUUUUUCAAGGGAAAGCUGAUCUUUGUACAUGUGGAACUGGAUAAUGAAGAUGUUGGAAAGCCAGUUUCCGAGUUCUUUGGAAUCAGUGGGAAUGCUCCAAAAGUACUUGCAUACACUGGAAAUGACGAUGGAAAGAAAUUUGUGCUUGAUGGAGAAGUGACUGUUGACAAAAUUAAGGCAUUUGGGAACGAUUUCCUUGAAGACAAGCUAAAACCUUUCUACAAGUCAGAUCCAGUUCCUGAAAAUAAUGAGGGGGAUGUGAAAAUAGUGGUCGGGGAUAACUUCGACGAGAUUGUCUUGGAUGAGUCUAAGGAUGUUCUCCUUGAGAUUUAUGCACCCUGGUGCGGCCAUUGCCAAGCUCUGGAACCAACAUACAAUAAGCUUGCUAAACAUCUACGAGGCAUUGAGUCUCUCGUCAUAGCCAAGAUGGACGGAACAUCAAAUGAGCAUCCAAGGGCAAAGACUGAUGGAUUCCCCACCAUUCUCUUCUUCCCAGCUGGAAACAAGAGUUUUGACCCUAUUACGGUUGAUACAGAUCGUACAGUGGUAGCCUUUUACAAGUUCCUAAAGAAACAUGCAGCAAUCCCAUUCAAGCUUCAGAAACCAACCACAAGUGCCAAAUCCGCCAGUUCUGGUGCCAAGGAGAGUCAGAGUCAGAGUAGCAGCAACGAUGUGAAGGAUGAAUUGUGAGGAUAUUUCAGUAUCUUAUUUUAGAUAAAAUCCAAGUUCCAAUUUUCCCUCUCCUCUGUCCCAAUAUGAAGAUGAAGAACAGGGUCCGGAAGGUGGAGAAAAUAGAGGCGACAUAGUUAUAUACUCUACACUUCCUUUUUCCUUAAAUAGAUGCCAACUUUAAACCUUUUAGAUCCUUUUCGGGUGGCUUUUUUCAAAGAAGCCUCCCUAUAUUGUGGUUUAACAAAA